CUGUAGAUUACCAGCGCUAGCUUGUUCGUCUCUCCUCCACGUUUAUGGUCAGAUUUAGCUCGUUUCCUCCAUGUGAAGGAAGCAUUGACGUCCGCCUCUCAGGAAACUGUGAUUGACACGACGAAGCAUUGACAGCCAACGGUCACAGCCACAUGCACGAUGGCUGUCACCACGGACAUGGAGGUCAUUCCCACAGUCAUGGACCGAGAGCAGCGCACCCCUACAUGACAGGCUUUCAUGGACAGUUUGGAAAAAACUCAGAACAGACGAUGAACCUCAGUCAGCAGCCGAAGAAACGCUCGCACAUGGAUGACAGCAGCACGUGGGAUAUUGUAAAGGCAACACAGUUCGGUAUCUUGGAGCGCUGUAAGGAGCUGGUAGAAGCAGGAUAUGAUGUCAGACAGCCAGACAAAGAGAACGUCUCACUGCUACACUGGGCCGCCAUCAACAACCGCUCAGAGCUGGUCAAGUAUUACAUUUCUAAAGGGGCAAUAGUGGACCAGCUUGGAGGAGACCUGAACUCGACUCCUCUUCACUGGGCUAUAAGGCAGGGCCACCUCCCUAUGGUGAUCCAGCUGAUGAGAUACGGAGCAGAUCCUGCCAUCGCAGAUGGAGAAGGUUACCGUGCUCUUCACCUCGCCAUUCUUUUCCAGCACAUGGCCAUAGCUGCAUAUCUCAUGGCAAAGGGACAGGAAGUUGAUGGGCCUGACUGCAACGGACAGACAUCACUGAUGUUAGCAGCCCAGAAGAUUAUUGGGCCUGAACCCACAAACUUCCUAAUCAAAAAUAACGCCUCUGUGAGUGCUGUGGACAAAGUGAACAGGAACACCCCCCUGCACUGUGCUGUUCUAGCAGGAAACGUAGACGCCGCACAUAUCCUGCUGGAGGCUGGUGCCAGUGUUGAUACAGAAAACAUUAACGGUCACACUCCCAUCGACUUGGCCCACCAGGUUCACAGCCCGCUGCUCAUCCACAUGCUAAACCACGUCAAACAGGAGCGAAUUCGCUCCAAUGCACGUUGCCUACGACUCCUCAACAGAUACAGGGUGUUUCUCCAGGUUUUGCUCUGCAUUGCUUUUUUUGGAAGUGUAGGCGCCAUUGUUGAUAUGAACUCAGAGUCGUGGUUACUUAAAGGGAUCCUGCUCGCCUGUGUGAUAGGUCUGACCAAUCUGGCACUGAGGAACUUCCCCAGUCUAGACUUUCAGUCUCUCCUACCAGCUUCAUCUCUCAUGGCUUCUGUCUUCUGGAUGAUUGUCACCUGGUGCCUCUGGUUCCUCCCAGAUGGGCCCAGUGCCACAGUUCAGGUCUUGUUCACUCUCAACGCCACUGCUCUGCUCUACUACUACCUCCGCACCUGCAGAACCGACCCCGGCUUCGUCAAGGCAACCGAGGAGGAGAAGAAAAUGAAUGUGUUGGUGUUGGCUGAAGCCGGCUGUCUCGGGCCUAGAAUAUUCUGCACGUCAUGCAUGAUUAAGAAACCUAUGAGGACAAACCACUGCUUCUCCUGUGAUGCCUGUGUGGCCAAACAGGACCACCACUCCAUCUGGACCAACUGCUGCAUUGGUGCGAGGAACCAUCACUACUUCAUCCUCUUCCUGUUCUCUUUUAUGCUGAUGGGAGCCUGGAUGUUCUACGGAUCUCUAAAAUACUGGUCGAUUCACUGCACGCUGCACUAUGAGGACCAGGGUCUAUGGGGCGUGGUCUCCGCCCUGGUCGGCUGCUCUCCCUGGGUGCUCAGCAUCUUCCUGCUGGCCUUCUAUCACACCUGCUGGUCCGGCUUGGUCCUGCUGCUGCAGCUCUACCAGAUUGCCUUCCUGGGACUGACCACAGCGGAGCGGAGCAACCUGAUGCUCCACAACAUGAAACUUGGAAAAUCUGUCUCCCUCAAACAAAAUCCCUACAAUUUGGGCGUGGUGAAGAACCUGGUCUCCUUCUUCCAGCUGCGCUGUUGCGGCCUCUUUAAACCGGCCAUCAUCGACUGGACGCAGCAGUUCCCCCCCAGCCGUGACCAGACCAUGUUCGGACACACCGACAUGGUCUGACCCCGUCCCCCCAACCCUCCACCACUCGCUCAGGCUCAAAGGUCAGACUCUCCAAUGGUUCUGGACCAAAAGCACAAAGUGUAUUUAUUUAUUUUUUUAAAGGGAAGGCUCCUUUUGAAGAGAGACCGUGAAAUCAGGAAUGAGGGAAAGACAAAAAGGAAUGUGUAGAUAAUGUUUGAAUCAGUUGCUCUUUGUACAGAUUGCUGCUGCCUUAUACUUGACCAAUGUACGUGACAUUAAAAUCACAAAUCUUUGAUUUGGGUGAGGUGAGUGAUGAACCCUCAAAGGCCUGAAUUGUAACUGAAGUUUUGAGAUGUUUUAUAUGAACACAUCAAGCCUAUUUUUUAUCAUCUGUUCUGGAAAAAAGAAGUCUUUGUACAUGUUCACAGUUGGUUAUGACUUUUGUAAGAGUUGCAUGUGUUUAAUAAUGAAUGACCACUAUUAUACUACAAUAAAGCUAUGUUGUGCCUGUCUUUGAA